CCGGACGCCAUCGCUGGAACUGAGGAGACGGUCGCCAUAGCCGUCGCAGAGGAAGCAGCAGCAGCAGAGAGAGACCUCUGGGCUCGCCAUACUACUGAAAGGAGGAGACUUCACUUCACCAGUCACUCUCUCUCUCUCUCUCUCUCUUCCUAUCAAUCGAUCGGCGAAUCAGUUGUUCAUCCGGAGCGACAAAAUGGCGGCAGCUUCAUCUUCAUCAUCGCCGUCGUCGGCUACGGAGAGGAGGGGUAUACCGGGGGCUCAGUUCGUGGAGGAUGUCCAAACAUAUCUCACCCAAUCCGGCCUCGACGUCAACUCCGCCCUCGCCUUCCUCCAAGAACGACUGCAACAAUACAAGUUCGCUGAGAUGAAACUUCUAGCUCAGCAAAGGGACCUUCAGGCAAAAAUUCCUGAUAUAGAGAAGUGCCUAGAUAUAGUAGCCACGUUGCAAUCAAAGAAGGGCACUGGUGAGGCUCUGAUUGCUGAUUUUGAAGUAUCAGAAAGCAUAUAUUCCCGUGCUUGCAUCGAGGAUAGUGACUCCGUAUGCCUGUGGCUGGGAGCAAAUGUAAUGUUGGAGUACUCAGGUGAAGAGGCGACGGUCCUUCUACAAAAGAAUCUACAGAAUGCUAAAGCGAGCUUGGAAGUCCUUCUCGCUGAUCUACAGUUUCUGCGAGAUCAGGUCACCAUAACUCAGGUGACAAUAGCUCGCGUGUAUAAUUGGGACGUUCAUCAGCGAAGAAUUCGUCAAGCAGCUUCUACUUCCAGUGACUCGUGAGGAACAUCUUUUUUGAACCAUUGCCAGUCUGUAAUCCAAGUUGACAGUGUGUCUCUGUUCUCUCUGUUUUCUCAAUUUUUUAGUUAAGAGAGAUGGCUUUCUCAUCUAACUUAUAAUAUUUGUUUCCAUGGUACGAUAGUCCUAGAAAUUGUAUUUCAGAUGUUGAUUGAAUCUUCUGUUACUGUGAUAGGUUGUUUGAUAGACAAUAUUAUCGGCUUGAGCUUUGUUCAAUCUUCUUGAUUGGUAAAACUUGGGUAUUUGCAA